UGCGACAAGCACCAAACGGGUGCAUCAUUUUCCUCACAGAGCAACUUUCGGUCUUCAAGGCUGCCUUUACAUCUUCUGCGCCGAUGGCGAAUCUCCGACUCCUACAUCGCGAAUCGCCCACAUCUUUACGCCGUCGGCCGUACCUGCAAUCAAAAAGAUAGCGCCUCCUGCGCAGUCCUAUUUGGCGGCGCCGAGACGCCCGCCCGCCAGUCGUGAUGGCCCUAUGGCCAUUUCGACGGCGGGGCUCGCGCUUGCGUGCCCGUGCCAAUACGACGGCAGACAACGAGUCUGUCCGAGGCACAACACGUAGGCAAACCGAGCCCCCGAAUCGCCUCACGAAGGCAAAUGCCGAGCAAAACCAGCGCGCGUACAGUUUCUCACCUGGCAGGAGAGAUUCUAUACGGGCCGCGAAGCCUCCAAACGAGGCAACGUCCAAAUCAAACAUGCGUCGGCGCAGUACGAGGAUGUCCCAAAUGGGCCCACCGCCUACCCAGGCUGAGGAGAUACAACGGGUGCCGACUUUGCAUCACGAGAAUUCUGGGAACAAACGCAGCGGACAACCUCUCCUAGCGAAGAAAUCGAGUAAGCGACGCAAGGAGGACCACGAACGGGAAGCCGAGAUCAAGGCUAUGAGCCAGUUCACCCCUUUGAGGCCUGCUACCAAUAGCGUGACAAAGGGUCGGCCCAUGAAGAAAGAGAGUCGUCGCUUGAGAUCAGACCUAGCCAGGAGCUGGGAUGGCCAGCCCUCUUCUGUUGUUUCAUUGCCGUCGCCAGAAUCAAUACAUUCGAGCAUGAGCUCGGAUUCAGAUCACAUCUCCUUCAAGGUCUCUGCUCUCGCAGCCCUGGCACCUCGCCCAACGAUACGUUGUUCGUCAAACCCCAUGUCUGGGGCUGGGCUUGGACGAUCAGCUUCAGAGAGGCGCAGGCUUGCCGAUCGCGAGCCAAUUUCUGAAGCCACCCUCAAAGCUCACAAGCGAAUUGACGACCUCGCCGAUGAUCUAGAUGCGUCAGAUCUCAGGGAGCUCAUGGAACGCGACCAGAGAAGGCGGCAGAGGAAGAGAGAAAAGGACAUGCAGAAAGCAGAGAAGAGGCUGGCUCGAAAGAUGGAAAGGCAACGUGAGGAAGCAGCCAACGUUGAUACUCCAACAAAGAACCUAGAAAGGGGGGUCCUAGGUCGGGAAAUGACCGGCCUCGAGGACCCGGCAUCUGUGACGAUCACGUCGUCGCGGAGAAGACAGUCAGCAGAGUCCACAGGCCCAGGUCUCGAGGCGAAUACGGUGAAGCGAUCGAGCGAGGACCACCAGCAAGAACGCGAGAGAGUGCAUCGCUCCAUAACACCUCUAGGUGAAUUCCACAGGACGAACAGCGGCCUUUCGAACUCCAUGGCGGCGAUCGAGGAUGCCCCGCCAUUGACACCACAAGAGACACCCCGACCCAAGUCGAUCAGUCCGACCAUCAUGAGCUUUAUACGCUCACGAAAGUCUGGAUCGAAGUCUCCGCCCCACGAUGAGCGGCAUUUUGCCCGCGCCGCAGCCAACAGUACCUCUCCGUCACGAGCCCGGGCGGAAUAUGCUGAGUCUGCGGCCAGGACUUCAGAAAGUGGCUCAUCGCGACCAUGGCUUUCGUUCUUCAAAUGGGGAGGCAGACGAAGAAGCUCGGUAGGACCAGCUUCAUUCUCUAAUACUUCACGAGACUCUAUGCAAGGUUCACAAACCGGGCCGCCCCCCGUUGUCAGUUUCACAACGGGGCGCCGUCUGAGCUCUGGUGUGCCGAAACGGACCAUGUCGCGUUUCCGCGAGGAUCUUCCUGAACACCCAUUGUCGCCUCCAGACUCGCGUGUGGGAUCACCCGAGGUCUAUGCCGGGUCCUCGGAACGUCUGCCCCAAAUUACCGAUGACGUGGAGCGCCACGAGGAGGCGAACUUCAACUCAGACACCCAACCAAUACCCAUUCCUACCCGCCAUCAAGAACCGCAGUUGUCGCCCGUCCCCCUCUCGAUGUCACUUGCGUCCGUAGACUCGGAAGGCUCUUGGCUGUCUGGCCGCAUGAGCCGUCAGAGUCGCCAGAGGGCGUCCUCCGGGGCACUGGGGUCGUCUGUUGUGCACCCAAUGGCAAGCACGUCAGUCAUCUCUGAAGUUCAACAUUCAGACCACACCGAUGAUGACAGUAUUGCUGCGGAUGAGUACCUGAACAAGGUUGUUCCUGCUAGCCCAGUUGAGCUAAAUGCUGGCCGCGCACAUGCGAGCAGCGACGACGACUCCACAUACGAGACACAAUGGGGCAGUGUAAGCCGAAAGCCUACCGUGGUGCAUGGCACUACGAGCACGCGCAGCCGCGAGGGUCUUCUUCUCCAAGACUUUACGGACAAGUACCUCGAAACCAACGGCACGAAGCCUGUCGAAAACGGUCAACCUCGGACCCUAGAUGCCGACAGCGCAAAGGUCCUAGAGAUGUCUCCACGCUUGUCUGGAGACGAAAGGGUGCGUGUUGUGGAGCGUGGUACGCAAUAAAUUGCACGUUCCCAGGCACUACUCCCAGACCCGGUGCCUGUGAACAACUCCAACAAUAAGCUCGCCUCGUAGACGAUUCGUCUCUAUGUCGGCAUCAGUC